AUGGCUAGAGGAAUUAUACCUGCAUUUGUUUGCGCCCGAUGCGCUCAAAACCUCAGUCGAAAUGCUCGAGUUCCCGCCACUACUCCAUGGAGGAAGUACAGCACCAAAUCCCCCGCCAACUCAACGAGCGAUAAACCGAAGCGCGAUUCCAGGAAUUCAACAGAUGGGGCAACCGAUCCUGAGCUAGGGCCCAUGGCCCGUCGCCUCGAAGAAGCUACAGAAGAGGCCUUGUUGACGGGAGGAAGAGCGGGCCGACGAGCUGUCGAAGACGCAGGUUUCUCGGAGGAGUUGAAGGAACGCCUGUUUGCCAAAGUGAAGGAUGCCGAAUUUCGAUCAGAACAUGCGGCAGCUUUUGCUGAGGCUGGCAUGCCAUCUUCAGCUGGUGCUGGCACCCGCCUCACAGCUACGAGCCAGCCGUGGACCGGCACCGAAACUACCGAAGAUGCCGUUCUACGGAUGCUCAACGAUGCACAUAAACCUUUGAAACGGGAACUCCGAGGCCGACCGAAAAUUCCGGACCUUCAACCAGUCGACUUGCGAAUUAAAAAAGAACCGAAAAUGAAUGCCGGGCACAGAGCUGCCACCGCUCGAGACAAAGCUUCCUUCUAUGCUGGCAUGGGUAUGAAAGAGCUGGAAGACGGGUUGAGCGAAGAUGAGAGGGAAACGCUGAGAAAGGAAUUCCGCGACCGCUUCAGACCUGCCGCUCGGGCGAUGCCGAAUACGUUGACGGGGUUGGCUUCGUUAGCGAACGAGAGAAUCGAAGACGCUAUCGCGAGAGGACAAUUCAAGAAUAUCCCGAGGGGCAAGGGCAUCGAGCGAGACACGAGAGCUGAUAAUCCAUUUAUCGAUACAACUGAGUACAUCAUGAAUAAGAUGAUUAAACGUCAAGAGAUAGUGCCACCAUGGAUUGAGAAGCAGCAAGAAUUAUCUAAGGCUGCUCAUUCGUUCAGAACUCGGCUGCGAAAUGACUGGAAACGUCAUGCUGCUCGUAUGAUUUCAAGUAAGGGCGGUUCCCUCGAAGACCAAAUGAAUCGGGCAAGGGAGUAUGCCGAAGCCGAAGAAGUAUAUAACCCGCGACGACGUAACGUGGACCAAAUAGCAGUACCUACCAACUCGACCGAUGAUCCGGUCAUGGUCAAAAUACGACAGCAAACAACAUCAGGUACACAUCCCGAACCGGCACCGGAGACGGCUGAUGGUGGGGCGAAAUCUCGGGAUGGACCUCUGCCGCCCCCUUUCAGAGAUCCCCACUGGUUAGCUACCGAAAAAUCUUAUAUGGAGCUUUCGAUUACUACCCUGAACACUCUUACGCGUUCCUAUAACUUGAUGGCACCGGAACUUGCUAGGAAACCAUACUUCUCACUCGAGCGAGAACUAAACAAUUGCUACGCUGAUGUUGCGCCUCAGGUCGCAGAUGUUAUCAAGGAUAGAGCUGGCGGGCCAUCCAAACCAAUGAUCGAUGGCUUCGCACGUACCCCGAGUUCAAUAUUGGAGAGGUUUGGCGGGGGCAACCAAUCCGCUAAGAUAUAUGACUCGAAGCAACCGCAUUACGGAUUUAAAGAGAUGUGGAAAGAGAUUUGA